AUGGCGGAGACUGGGCAAAUAAAGCUUUAUGGGGAUCAUCCUACCCUAACAGAAACAGCACUUGCAAGAGCUAGGAGAAAUGUAUUCAAAGAAGAAAGGUAAUCGCAAAAUAGACUUUAGAAAGCUUUACUGUGUAACCUGAAUCACGUAGUUGAAUUAUGAUGCAUAUUUUCCGAUUAAUAUUCUUUUAAUCGUCUUUACUUAACUUCUUAUUUUUCCUCAAAAAUGUGGAAUAACAGCCUGUAGGAACUAUGAUCUGAAGAUCACCCUGCAACGAAAAGACAGCCUAGAUCUUAAAAACAUAAAUACCAAAUGCAUGAAUCAACUACUGAUUCUGCCCAGCCAUCUAUGAUUGACAUCCAGUAUUUGUAUGGACAAACGAUAAAAAAGGCAUACCACUUUGUUUCUCCAGUUUGAGAAAAUGAUGGUAAUCGUUUAAUUUAUACUUUGUCUUAUAUUUUCAUUUGCCGAAAAAUGGCUAGUUAAUUGGUUACAAAGACUGCUGAGAUCCUUAAUGCUAAAUCUUUUGUCACUUUUUCUGUGUGACAAAGUGUACGAGACACCUGGGUCUGUAGAGAUUAAGCACAGAUUGAUUACACCGUAUUGAGACAAAAGAAACUAGUCCUAACAAGUACAGAAGGGAGGAAAAAUUAAAUUUCGGGACACAGCACCUUGAUUAACUUAUCAUCUUAAUGGACAGUGUAAUGGGAGUUGAAUUUAUAUAGUAUCUGAAACUUUUAUUUUUUUCAUCAUCAGCAUAACACAAUGGAACGUUUAUUUAUUUAUAGUCAAGAGUACAGAGGGAUUUUAGAAUUAUCCUAAGAAGGCGCUGGCUUAGACAGAACGCGUUCCAAGCACACGCUGCAUUCUAUCUCUUGGCUGCGCCUCAAUGCUUCAAGGUGUUUGCUAUUUUGUUGGCACAUUCUCAUGUGUUCCUCUCUUUCAUCUGGACGAUAUGUAACACAAAUCGCCAUGAAUGUGAGGACACUUGUCACCAUGGGGACAGUAACCAGCAGCUGCAAAUGAGCAUAUGGGCUUUUCCGUUGGAUCAACAGCCACAAUAUGGGCUCUAUUCUCAUUUCUUGAAAAACUAGAUGUUUGGGCUUCUAGGGCCCAAACUGGUUUCAUAACAGAGGUAAGAGAUCUGCUGGAUGAAGCAGUGCCUGAAAGGUGAUUCUGUGUGGCAGCUGGCUCUUUACCCAGAGGAGUCCCAUUCGGUGACAAUGAAACAGGAGCCUGAUGAGAGGCUUUAACAUGGUCAUAUCUGCAUCUACUAUCAUAGGAGCAAAAGUACCUUUUUGAUCAAAAGUGCAAAUCUGAGAAGGAAAAAAAAAAAGAAGAAGAAAUUGCUACCAUAAGAUUGAUCAUUAAUUCCACCAAAGAGAAAAUAACAAACACGGGCAAGACAGCAAGCAGAUUGAUUUUUCUAUUUUCCUGUCCGGCGUUGACCAAAUGA